CCGUAGACCUCAAACAUGGACACUCGACUUUCGUAUCCUUUGGCGAUAUUUCUGGUACUCAAUAUUUUGUUCACUAUCCAUGGAGCAAAGAGAAAUGUGGUAGUAGAUUUCACAAAAGUAGAGAUUGACAAUCGACUUCCAAACGUAAUAGCGAUGUAUUCUUGGAUCAAUCGCACGUCUAGCAAUAUUUCGGCUCUCUACAUGAACUUCAAGUUUUCUGAAGAUGUGUAUAAUCUAACGGGAACAUUUAAAUUAAACGUUAAAUUCAAUGAGAAGUUUAUUAAUUACUUCACUCUUGACUUUGACUAUUGCAAAGGUAGAGAAAUGCUAUAUAGCCAAUAUGUGGCACAGAUUUUGGAAAAACAAUUACUCACUGUUUCGAACUACCCAUUGGACUGUCCAUUAAAAAAGAAUUAUGAAUAUUAUGUAAAAGGAUUCACAGUUGAUACGAAUUUAAUUCCUGGUUAUUUUGCGAAAAUUUUUUUUUUAUCAAAUUUAACUUUUUACAGAAAUCUACAAACCGGUAUAAAUAUAGUUAUUACAGGUCAAGUACGAAGCAAAUAA